AUGGCAGUUGGUGACAAAAGUGAUAGUGAUAACAGUCAUACUAAAAAUACAACAGAGUUGGAGCGGAGUUUGGGCGAUAAUCCAAAGAUCGUUUUAAAAGGAGGAGGAAAAACAAAGCUGAUGAACCUUGAACAACUACGCAAGCCCCAUUGCAUAAAACCCAAUCCAAGAGUUUCAGCAGGAGAUGCUGGUGGCCUAUUAAGAAGCGGCGGUCACAGACCUGGAUUAAGUGAUGAAGAAGUUUCUAAAAGAGACUAUGAGCAUUUGCAUGAGCAAGAGAAGCACUAA